CCAACAACAGAAUCAAACAUUUUGUCGAGAUGUACUGAAACAGAAGUCCAGUUCAUUGACAACAGAAUGCAGCAAAGUGCAACCGCCACCACCUGCCACGGCGGAGUGAUUGGGCUGCGCCAUCCGUCGCCGCCGCAUUCCUGUUAUUUUUCCAUUCCUCCGAUUUGCAGGCAUCAAUACGGCCGUAUACAUAACUGGAAGCCGAUAAGUACAACAAUAGUGGUGAAAAAACAUUGCAGGUUAAGUGUUCGAUCAAAUGCCAAAGCGGCGAAGGAAUGGGACGUGGAGCCAUACGAAGCUUCUCAGAAGUAUUACUUAGAGGAGCAAGACGUGGUGACGUUUCUUGAUCCUCCGAAGGAGCUCAUUCCGUUGGACCCUUCUUCAUACAAUCCCGCUUCUUAUCUUUGGAAAAAAAUUGAUGACAUUCCGGAGGAAAGACGAUAUAACCUGCUCUCGCUGCUAAACCCCAGACUUGUAUCAAGAGCUUGGGAGGUAGCUGGAAGCCGAUAUGAGGAUCCAAAAUUAGCAAAGAAAAGUGCAUCUGCCUUUCUAUCUGGUGUAGAUUGUGCUGGUAAACUUGAGUUAUGGAGAUUUCGAACAAGUGGAGCCCCGCUUCAAGUUUCUUGGAUAAAUAACUGCCAGAAGGUAAUAUUCGGCUGCACAGAUGGGAAAACCUAUGGACGACUUAUUGGUGGAAACCCUUUAUCAAGAAUCAUCAAAUCAUCUAGCCCAUUGUACUUUAGUGUCAGACAGGUCAACGAAGUAUUAUCGACAGAGGAGCCUUGUGAUUUAGCUUAUGAAUUUGGAGAUGGACUUCUUAACCUUCCCGAAUAUCCACAAGAAUUUCCUAAACCAGCAAAACAUCCGUGGCCGUUGGAUGAUCAAGUUUAUAUAUAUAUUCGCCACGUGGGUCCAGGAGUGGUUGUGGGGCAAGCAUGGCAAGAAGGUAAAGCAUUGGAACAAGUACCUAAGAAGCUUUGUAGUGAGAUCUUGAUGGUGAAAGAUUAUUCCUCUUUACCCUAAAAAUUUCGCGAAUAUUGUUAAUUAUGGAGAGUACCCGUUUUGAGUUGUUGUAGCGAACUUUCGACAGAGUUUUGUUUACAAACGAAACCAAUCGUUACAAGUUCAUGGUAUAUGUACAAUAUUAUUCGAAACGAGUAUAUAGGAAUUAUUUGUAUAACUUUUUAAUUUUGAUAUUAAUGUUUGUAUACGUAUGUCUUCAAUUUGUCU